GUUGUCAUCCACUUCGCUUCCAACUGUGCGUGGUGUCGACUGCGCCAUGGAGCUGCAUCUCUUUGUUGUCUUGCUGUGGAUGGUGUGCUUCUCCCCGCUCAUCUUGUCUCCGACGUCAAUGGUGUCGUCAACCAGCGGAAACGUGUCACAGUUCAGCAAGACCUCGCGUAAGUCAGCUGCCAUCUUUGCGGAGGAAAGCAGUGACUGGGAAUCUCGGCCGCCGGAGCACAAGGUGGACGGCACGGACUGUGACAAGGACUCGGACUGUCGACUACUCAACUACCAUUGCUUCAUGUACAAGUGUCUCUGCCAGGCGGGGCUCUUCCUGAGCUGGAAUAAUGAGAGUUGUCUGGCUGCAUGCAAUGCGUCUGACUUAGUCAACGAGUUUGUGAAGUAUCCACAGAGUGUCCUCCAUGGAUACUACCUACAUGUUCAUGUCGGCCUCACCCUCCAGGACUGCAUGGAUCUGUGUGUCAACACCAGCGACUGUGUCGCCUUCAGCUUCCGAGCUGAAGGAGGAAGAUGUCUGCCACACGAGGCCACAGCACUGGACGACCCGUCUCUGUGGUGUCCGAUGAGCAGUGAAGGCUGGUCGUACUUCCAGCGAGUGUGUAAUGAGAAAAGUACAAGUAACAGUACAGUGACAGCAUCUGUGGAAAAUACGUGGACGGUGUUUCAGAGACGCUACAACGGGUCUGUGGACUUCUACAGGAACUGGACAGAGUACGAGACAGGCUUUGGUGAGGUGGAUGGCGAGUUCUGGCUGGGUUUGGGCACACUGCACAAUAUCACCAAGACCAGACCCCACAUCCUGCGCAUUGACCUCGGCGACGUGGAUGGACAUCAGUUCUACGCUGAGUACUCGACAUUCAGGGUGGACGGUCCUGAGACAAACUACACCCUGACCGUGUCCGGCUACUCGGGUACCGCGGGUGACAGCCUGUCGCCGCACAACAGCAUGGCCUUCUCCACCUACGACCAGGAGCACGACAAGGAGCCCUCGGAGAACUGCGCCAUCAAGUGACACGGCGCCUGGUGGUACAAGGCCUGUCACCAUAGUAACCUCAACGGUCGCUACAAGGCGGACGGGGCGGACGGGGCUGACGGAGUGGUUUGGUUUCAAGGCAAGGGUAACAACAGAAGCUUUGUGUUUGCCGAGAUGAAAGUGAAACCAGCCUAGAUUCUUGUUCUAAGAAGUGUUAGAACCACCGGAAGUAAACAUUACUCAAUACGACUGUUUGAAAGACUUUCAAGUAACAUUACUCCAAAGUAGUGUUUGGAAAUGAACAGCACCUCCUGCCUGAGUGUCUCCCUGACUGGGAGUUAACACUUCAUUCGUAGGUAUCUGACUGACUACAAUAAAUACUUCUUGCUUGAGUUCCCCAACGGUUGACUCCAGAGAAAAUGUCUGGUAAUACCCGGCUGUAAACAAAUGUGACAAUAAGUAUUCUUGUGACAAAUACAGAAAUAAUUACUGGUCCUCUGGUGACUCUUAGGUGGAGCUGUACACUUGUUUUUACCCCGCAACAUGGCGGUAAUAAACUGCCUUUCACACA